AUGGCAAGUGAGAUUGCAGCAAUUGAGAAGAAUGGAACAUGGGAAUUAACAGAUCUGCCAACAGGAGCAAAAAAGAUUGGAAAUAGUGACAAAAUGUUUAAAGAAUUCAAGAGCUCAAUGAAAAAGGAAUUUGGGAUGACUGAUAUGGGAUGCAUGAGAUAUUUUCUCGGUGUGGAAGUCACACAAACUUCAAAUGGCAUUUUUAUUUGUCAAAGGAAGUAUGCUAAUGAAGUACUAGAAAGGUUUAGUUUACAAAAUUGUUCAUCUAUCCACAACCCAAUUGUUCCAGGGUGCAAACUCACAAAGGAUGUUGGAGGGUUAAAGGUUGAUGCUACCACAUAUAAGCAAAUGGUGGGAAGUCUUAUAUACUUAACUGCCAUUAGACCAGAUUUGAUGUAUGUUGUGAGUCUGGUGGCUCGUUUCAUGGAAGCUUCGACGACUAUGCAUUAA